CGCCGCGACACUCGCGCGCCGCCGCUCGCCGCAGCUCCACGACCGAACGACUCUCGCCCGCGCCCGGUGUCGUAUUACCGCUCUAAAUAUAACCCGCGAGCGCGAUCGCCAAUUUAGAAACGGUCGCGCGCCUUGUUUUGAACCAGUGAUUGACAGUGCUAAGUGAAGAAAACUACCCCGACCGUCGAACUAUCCGCCGGCGAAAUGGCACAGUUGAUAACUGUGCGGUUGAACAAAUCCGACUCGCAGCCCUUGGGCUUCCGUCUGCAGGGCGGCAAAGACUUCGGCACACCUCUCGUCGUUCAGAAGGUGAACGGUGGCAGUGCUGCCGAGCGUGCCGGUCUCCAGGCAGGUGAUGCGCUGAUCCGCGUGAACAACACGGACGUGUACCUGCUACGUCACCAGGAGGCACAGGACACCAUCCGCGCAGCCGGAGGCAACCUUGAACUCACCGUACAACGUGGUGGUGGCACUUGGCGUCCUUCUGUGACACCAACCGGCAGCCUACCAAGACCGGGCUCCAGGCCUAUUGGUGGCACUCCAACACUCGUCACCAACACUUCCCUGAAAGCCACACCACAACCUUCACGUGCAUUCGGCUCUGGUCACAACAAUGUCGCUAAGCCUUUUGGUUACAUGAACGGCAACGAUUCGGUGAAGAGCAUAGUCAACAAGCAGUACAAUACACCAGUAAACAUGUACAGCGACAAAACGAUUGCGGAAACUCUGUCAGCCCAAACUGAAGUGCUUGCGGGCGGCGUUCUCGGAGUAAACUUUAAGAAGAACGAGAAGACAUACGACGCUGAAAAAAGCGCUGUUUUCAAGGUUCUGCAAGAAGAACAAAACGACCCUGAGCCAGAGCCUUCUCACUUUUACUCUCGAGCGAGCGUGGCGCGCGCGGGCACGCCGUGCAGCCUGCACCGCACGCACCGCUCGCGCUCGCGCACGCCGCGCGUGGUGAGCACGCCGCAGCCCGCGGCGCCGCCGGUGGCGCGCGCCUGCGCCGGCACGCAGACGCCGCAGGAGCAGCUGGCGCCGGAGCCGCCGCACCGGCCCAGCAUCCCCAUGGGCUGCCAUGAGGUGCUGCCGGACGGCCGCAUAGCGCUGGGCGCACCCGCGCUCCCGCAGCCGCGCGAUGCGCUUCCUGUCGUCAACGAUACGCCCUAUUGCUCCGACUGUAAUCGCUACAUUAUCGGUGUGUUCGUGCGCAUCAAGGACAAGAACUUGCACGUGGAAUGCUUCAAGUGCUCGACGUGCGGUACUUCUCUGAAGAAUCAGGGCUACUACAACCUGAAUGGGAAGCUAUACUGCGACAUCCACGCUAAGCUCGUCGCUCGCAACAACCCACCAGCGCCCAAUCUGGAACCUGUUACCGUUCCACCUGGUAGCCGAAUCCCUACCAACACUUACUCGACACCUCUGCCUCCUCUGGCUACCAACAACUACACAAACGGAUCAUCAUCGCUGUUUAGCCCCUCAAGCAACUUGUCGGGCCCGAAACCUUUCGGAUCAUCGAUUGGAUCUGCUUACUCGCCAUCACUGUCUCCUCGCUCGGCCCCGAUGUCGCCAGCGAGGCCCGUAACAGCGCCCGCACCUGCGCCCGCGCCCUUGGCGGCUCCAAUCUCUGCGCCUCAACCAGCCGCACCAUUCGCGCCCACUAAUGAACCGCUGACUACGAGCAGUCCUCACAAAACGGAGUUCAAAAGUCCAGCAGAAGAAAGACUUAUCAGAAAAAUGGCUAAAAUGGCUUUGAAUGGUUAUGAAAUUGGCAUUCAAAGAAAAAUAAAGCCAGCAGAUCACAUUCAGUCAAUGGCAGAUAAAAUUCAAGACACUGUCGUUACCAAACAUCCACUAAAUUCUGAUAGUAUACCACCAGUUGAAAACAAUACUAUUAAAACUCUAGAACGAGGUUACAAGACACAUGAGAAUAUUCAAAGCAUUGGCGACAAAAUCAAAGACACAAUAAAAAAUAACCAUCCCGCUAAUGAAUCCAUCACUAAGCCUAACGUCUUGAUACCGCCACCAUUGCCUAGUACCCCAGUACCUACAUUUAAUGUUCACAGUACUCCACUUGGUCAUUCAAUAAAUACAAAUGGCGAGAAAAAGAAAUAUGAUACUAUACCCAGAACCCUAAAUGCAAGUCUGAUUUCGGAUGAACGUUUGAUUAACAAUAAUGAUAAGUCUCACAAUGGUAGUGGUUACUCCAGUAAUGAAGACUUGCAAAAGGAUAAAAUUGAAAACAACUAUUUGGGUACAUUACGAAAAACUGGGAUAGAGAAAUCUUCAUUUCUUAAUAGCAUGAACGGUUCAAUUGUCGCUAAUAUAAAUUCUGACGUAAAACCUGAACUAAAGUUUGACACCCCUUAUUCUAACACUUUAAACAAACGAAAAUUAUUUGAGAAAUCAGACAACUUGAUAACAAACAAUAAAGUUAACGACAAAAUUAACAAUGCUAGUGAGUUAAAUGUUUCGCAGAAGAUUAAUAAUUUUGACCAUACUUCAAAGAGCGAAAAUGGAGUCCACCAAGAUGAUGAACUCAUCAAAAGCAAAGAUAUUUCUGGACAAUUAUAUAACAAUUCUCUUUAUACGUACAAAUCCCCUACAAACAAUAAAAUAAAUACAAAUGGUAAUGAACAAAGUAAUGAUUGUGUCGAUAAAGUUGAAGAAAUUAAAAGUAUAUCGGAUAGUGAUGACAAACAAAAUAACGAGGAAGAAGUGGUUGUUAGACGUAGGCAAAAGAAAAAUAUAAGAAAUGAUGAUGGCAGAAGAGAUUCACAUAUAAUUGCACGUCCUUUGAGUACGAUACAAUGCGCAGAUGUUGCAGAAGGACUUUUCCCAGUAUGUCACAAAUGUGACAAGGCUAUAACGAGGGGGCCGUUCAUUACGGCUUUGGGUCGCAUCUGGUGUCCAGAGCACUUCAUUUGCGUAAACGCAACGUGUAGGCGUCCCCUACAGGACAUUGGCUUUGUUGAAGAAAAUGGUCAACUCUACUGCGAGUUCUGCUUCGAGCAGUACAUUGCGCCUGCUUGCGAUAAGUGCCACGCCAAAAUUAAGGGCGAUUGCUUAAAUGCUAUCGGCAAGCACUACCACCCUGAAUGUUUCAACUGCGUCUACUGUGGAAAGCUCUUCGGAAACAAUCCCUUCUUCUUAGAAGACGGUCUUCCGUAUUGUGAAGCUGAUUGGAAUGACCUGUUCACGACAAAAUGUUUCGCUUGCGGCUUCCCGGUGGAGGCAGGCGACAGGUGGGUCGAGGCGCUCAACAAUAACUACCACAGUCAGUGCUUCAACUGCACGGUGUGCAAAAAGAACCUCGAAGGACAGAGUUUCUUCGCCAAGGGAGGGCGACCUUUUUGUAAGACACACGCCCGCUAGAAGUCCUCAGCAAAUGAUGUAUAAUUCUGACACUGUUUACACGACUACCACUUUUCGUCCCGUUUCUCCUUCUCCCAUCACUCCUCCUCUAAACACGCCUUCGCCGCAAAGAACAAGAAAGUUGGAAACACCCCUCCACUUCGAUGGAGGACUGUUUUCCGACAUAAGAAGUACAGACGGCAAGCUACUCAGCAAAGUAACCGUAGAUCGAGUUCAACAGUCGUCACGACAUGACAUUACCGACUCGCCGAGUGUUUUCACCGAUGGCAAAAAUUAUGUGGAUGACUUGGUUAAAACGGAAACUAUAACCAAUGAAAACGUCAUCACUGUGAAAUUCACUCCCGUGCCGCCAGAACUUGACUCUCCGAGAUUGCUGACACCGUCUCAGAUGUACAAAGCCCGACAAAAAACUCCAGUUGAAUAUAUCAAGGACAAUUUUGAAGAUUUACACAGCUACAAAAUUGUCAGUUCUGUUGUAAAAGAAAAAUUGCUAGAUAAGGAAAACUUGAAGCCAGUAUUAAAUGAAGGCGGGAUCUCUGAAAACCAUGACACUUUUGCAAAUACUAUACUCAAAGAAAAUGUAUACGAAAGAGAUAGUUUCGUGUCAGAUUUAAAUAUUAAAGAGAAAAUUACUACCAGCUUAGAUACUUUUGAGCCAAUAAAGAGAGCUCCAAGUCCACUCGCAAAUCUUUUCAUUUCAGAACAAUUAACUAAAAUAGACAAUUACUUACAAGAGAGUUUAGAGGUAUGUUCUGGAGUGAAAGAUCGAUUCACUCCAAUACCAAUUAUUAUCGAAGGAGAAAUUUCGGGAUCGGUUGACAAUGCAGAAAUGGUUUCUUGUGUUAAAGAAAAUUAUGAACAAAAAGAAGUACGCUCCUCUUCAGAAGAGAAUAAACUGAGCUCUAGUGAGAGCGAAGUGGAAACUCUUUAUCGUCGUGAGAAAACAACACCAGAACCUUAUUCUGUGGAGAAUAGCAAAACCCAUGUGUCCAAAUUAAACAGUGCAAAACAUCCUGGUGUGCUGAGUGCUAUUUAUAACAUGCCAAUACAUUAUCACGCAGCCAUACUGUGUUUCUUAUUAAUUGUAUACAAUCUCAUAUAUCAAUACGUAAAACAAAACUGUUAUGGUAGUAAAAAUAAAAUUGAGUGAAAUUGGACAAAAAUAUAUGCAUACUAAACUAGUCAUUGAGUUCAGGGACAUUUUGUUUCUAUAUAUUUACCAAUUUGAUUUUAUAAGGUGUAAAUAGUCACAGGUAACAAGUAUUUCUCGCGUAUUUUUUUGUAUCUAUAAUACCUAUUUUAUAAUUAACAAUUUGGUGCUUUUCACUACUAUUCUAUAAAUUGCUGGCAGUAUUUGUGAUAUUUCACAUUAUUAUAAGGCUUUGUAUACAGCUUCCGGAAUGUUGCAGUAAACUGUUACUAACAUUAACAGUAGUCCUUAAACUUAUAAAUCAACAAAGCGGAUAUCGGAAAGUAAUAUAAUUUAAUUGAAAGUUUAAAUAAAUGAUUGGUGCACCAACAUACAACCUAUUUAGAAUAGUAUAUUAAAUGUACUCAUAAACUUUAUAUGAAAUUUUAAUAUUAUAUUCAUGCAUUAAUUUGUUUAAGUACUUUUUUACCCUGCUAUUUGUAAUAAUAUUAUGGUAGAUGAAUAAAAUUUUCGCAAUCUUAUAUUUUACAGUUGGUAAUAAUAUUAAUGUUAAGAACUAUUUAUUUAGACUUACUUUAUUGCAAUUAGCGUAACACAUAAAUAUUAUGUGAGCUUAAAUAAAGUAUUUUAUUUUAUGAA